CAGAAAGAACAGUAAAAAUGCAGGCAGGGCACAGGGCAAAGCAGUAGGGACAAAAUAAAAUGUAAUUUUUUUAAAAUUUUCAAAUUUGCCGCCGGUUCCGGCGCCCGUACAUCCCGACGUCACAGGGACCGGAACACGGAAGCCGGAUGCCGGCAUCGGCCGGAAGAGAUGGCCAGGGACACUGCAGGGGACGCAUCGUGGGAGCGAAGGACAAGGUAAGCGCUGUAGGGAAUCCCUGUGCAACGCCGCAUGGUAAGCCCGAGUGUAGCUCGGGGUUACCGCUUUUGGUACUGAAA